AUGAAGUCCUUCUCCAUCCUUAUCGCCGCCCUCUUCGCUGUCGCCGCCAAGGCAGAUAGCAGACUUCUUCAGACUGCCGCCCCUGUCGCCGUCCCCGUGAUGACAGUCAUGACCCCAACCAUGGCCACCCCAACGACUGGAUCUUCCGUCAAGAGUGCAUCUUCUUCCAAGUCUUCUUCUUCUCGCAGAAAGCUCCAAACUGCCGCCCCUGUCGCAGUUCCAGUUGCCGUUGUCACUCCCGUGAUGACAACCCCGACUACUGGAUCAUCUGUAAAGUCCGCAAGCAGUUCCAAGUCGUCUAGCCGAAGACUGUAA